UAUGACUACAAAUAUUCAAGUGAUUUGUCGAUUUAGGCCUGCGAUACCUGGAUAGGUUGAAAGCUAGAUCUACUUUGCAGAUGAUAAGAGUGUUCUUAUAGAAAAUUAACAAUUCAAUUUUGAUCAUAUAUUCCAUCCAGGAAAAUAAAUAGAUGUAUUUAAGGUGGCUGCUGAACCAGUAAUAAAAGGAGUUUUAGAAGGAUUUAAUGGUACUGUAGUAGCUUAUGGUUAAACUGGAUCUGGGAAGACUCAUACGAUGGAAGGAACAACUGGAGAUGAUUAAGGUAUAAUAAAGAGAAUGGUGAAUACAGUUUUUGAUUAUAUAGAAGAGAGUCCAGAGUAUGUAGAGUAUCGAAUUAAAAUAUCUGUUGCGGAAUUGUAUAUGGAAAAGGUGAGAGACUUAUAAAAUAUAAAAAAAACAGAUCUAAAAAUUAGGGAGGAUAAAAAUCAUUCCACAUAUAUUGAAGGAGUAACUGAAACAUCAAUAGCAGAUUAAUCAGAAAUAUAUGAUAUAUUGAAAAUGUGCAAUGCUAAUAGAAUGAUAGCUAGUACAAAUAUGAAUGAGUAAUCAUCAAGAUCUCAUAUGAUAUUUUUGAUGACAGUCUAAUCUAUAGAUUUAAGAGAUUAAUCAGCUAAAACUGGUAAAUUAUUUUUAGUUGAUUUGGCUGGUAGUGAAAAAGUAUCAAAGACAGGAGCAGAAGGUAAAAUAUUGGAUGAAGCCAAAGGAAUAAAUAAAUCAUUAUCAGCUUUAGGUUAAGUGAUUAAUGCUUUAACUGAUGGAAGUUAACAUGUUCCAUAUAGAGAUUCAAAAUUAACCAGAAUAUUAUAAUGUUCAUUUGGUGGUAAUAGUAGAACAACACUUAUUAUUACAUGUUCACCUGCUUAAUUUAAUUUAUAAGAGACACUUUCAACUUUAAGAUUUGGUGUUAGAGCUAAAGCAAUUAAAAAUAAACCUAAAAUUAAUAAAGAACAUACAGUUGAAGAAUUAAAAAUUAUUGUUUAAGAAAAAGAGAGAGAAAUAUUACUUUUAUAAGAACAAUUAUCUUAAUUCAAAAAAGGCAUUGUUAUUAGUGAUGAAGAUAAAGAAAUUUUAAAAGAUAUUUAAGAAGAUAUUAAUUCUGAAGUUCCAAAUAAUAAUAAUGACGAAUAGAUAUUAUAAAUGUAAUAGAUCUUAGCUAAAUAUGAAUAAGAAAUUGAAAUGUUAAAACAAUCGUAGUUCUUAACUUAAUAAAAGGAGAUAGAAUUAAAAAAUCAAUUAAGAAUAAAGGAAGAAGAAAUGCUAGAAAGUAUUUAUAUAUCUAUAUCAUUAAUAGAAGUGUAAGAUUAUGAACAUUAAUAUAUGAGAAUGGAUACUGAUUAUUAAAAAAAGAUAUCUCAUAUUCAUAGAACUUUGACUUAAAAACUUGGGUCAAAUGGAGAUAGAGAUUUAUUUGAUGAUGAUUAAGUUUUGAUUCUAAUUGAUAAUUAUGUCAAAGAGAGACUUACAUCUAAAAUGAAAUAAAUAACAUAUCUCUAUAAGAAACAUCAUAAAGAUUAAUUGAAUGAAUAAUUGAUGGCAUUUUUGACAGAUGAUAAAAAAGAAUUUAACAUUUAAAGUAUAGAUAUUAUAUCCACACUAGAUGAUUAAUUGGCUGAAUUACAUACUUAAGUAGCUCAAUUAAAAAAAUAAAACUUAGAAUUAUAGAGUGAUAAUAGUACCUAAUAGUAACUGUUGGAAACUUUAGAAAAGACCUAGUAAUUAUUGGAUGUUGAAAAAGCUAAGACUUAAAAAUUAGAGAAUACAUUAGCUAAAAGUAUUAAUGAUAAAUAUCAUAAUAAUAGAUAACAGGAUAUAUGAUGAGAAAUGUAAAGAAUUAAAUAAGAAUAUUGAGAAAAUGUUAGAAGGAGUGCAUUCAGUGAUUAGUGAUAAAUAAAGAUUUUAAAGAGAUUGUUAGAAAUAUAAAAAACUAAUUGAAGAUAGACAACUUAAAAUAUAUGUAUUUUUAAUUAAUAAUUUUACAAAUAGAAAUUAUAAGAGGAAGUAAAUAGACUUAGUGUAGAAAAUUAGAAAUUGUUUGUUAAAUAUGAUUAAAUUAAGGAAUUAUAAAGACUAGAAAAGAAUUCUUUAUUAGAUACUUCUGAAGUCAAUUCUUCCUUUAGAUAAAAUAAGAAGAUCUAUAAAUGUUUAAAAGGAGGAACCAAAAAUUCUUUGGUUUAACAAAUUGUGGGUAAAGAAAAUGUAUCAGAUGAGGAAUAAUGA